GCUUAUCGCUUUCUCUUGUAGGAGUGUUCUUCCUGCAUUCUUUCUCUCAAAGAGCCUGCGGAUCGCCUCCGCAGUAGUCUCUGAGCCUAGCUCACCUUUUUCUUCUUUUUUUACUCAGCAUUUGUCUUGCUGAUACCUCUUUCGCCCCCUCCAACAAGGGGUACAUUCAAGCGUGUCCCUUAGCGAUUCUAGACCGUCGUUAGUUCAAUGUGCCACCUGUGACGCCCCGUCCUGACUUCUUCCACUACUCCUUCGACCCCCGAAAUUCGAUCGUCCCUCUUUAUUCAGUCACACUUUUAAGGUCAAAGACCUUACGCUACAGCCAGCAUGAGGGUCUCUUUGCUGGCGUGGUCCCUACUCUAUCUUUUCUCGAUUCCCGCCUUAGCCGCCCCCUCCGAUAAUGUCUCUCCUAGCCAUCACCUCGUAAAGAGAGGCGACUCCGAUGUGAAGUCGGAGGGCCAGUCGACUACCUUCAAUGGUAUUGAGGUCCCGCCUAUGAAGGCUUUAACUCCCGACAACUUCGAUGACACGAUCAAGGACGGCUACUGGUUCGUCAAGCAAUACUCUCCGUCCUGCCCACACUGCCAGAAGAUUGCCCCUGCAUGGCAGACGCUCUAUGAAUUCUACUACACCUCCGAUCCUUUGUCCUCGUCGUCUUCCAAGUCAUCCAACACCGAUUCGCUGAACUCAUUCCAUGGCUUCUACAACUUCCAUUUUGCCGAGAUGAACUGUCUCGCGCAUGGCGAUCUUUGCCGGAAACUCGACGUCAAAUACUUCCCCACCUUCGCGCUGUACCACAAUGGUGAACUGGUUGAACAGUACACUGGAAAGAAGAGUAUGGAAGGGAUCAGCGAGUUCGUUGAGGAGAAGCUGGAACAGAUCAAGCCUGGUUCGCGGCCUGCCCAGGGUCUCCACCUCCCCAAGCCUGGCGACAAAGGAGUGGAUACUCAGGCUCAGCCCGAGGCGCCCGUCGCCAAAGAUAAGGAUCGUGAGGCGGGCACCAAGGCCGGAGAAAAGCACAACGAGCAGGCUGCACAGCUGGCCGAGGACGAGACACCCGCAGACAAGACGUCGUCCAAGCCCAAGCCUAAGCCUAAGCCGGCCCCAGCAAACCCCCAGGGUAUCUCUGUCCCUCUCACCGCGGAGAGCUUCCAGAAGCUGGUCACCACUACUCAGGAUCCUUGGUUCAUCAAGUUCUACGCACCAUGGUGCCACCACUGUCAAGCAUUGGCUCCCAACUGGAGAGAAAUGGCAAAGGAGAUGCAGGGUGUUCUCAACGUGGGCGAAGUGAACUGCGAUGCGGAAUCCCGACUUUGCAAAGAUGCCCGUGUCAGCGCCUUCCCGACGAUGUAUUUCUUCCGCGGCGGUGAGAGGGUCGAGUAUACCGGUCUCCGUGGCCUCGGAGAUUUGGUCAGCUACGCCAAGAAGGCUGUUGAUGUUGGAUCCGGUGUACAGGAUGUCGAUGCCACCACCUUCAAGGAGUUGGAGGAGAAAGAGGACGUCAUCUUCCUGUACUUCUAUGAUCAUGCGACCACCUCGGAAGAUUUCGAAGCUCUCGAGCGCCUGACUCUUAGUUUGGUCGGCCAUGCCCGGCUUGUCAAGACGAACAGUGCUGCUCUUGCGGAACGGUUCAAGAUCUCGACCUGGCCACGCCUCCUUGUGUCCCGCGACGGUCGCCCCAGCUACUACAAUGCGCUUGCUCCUAAGGAUAUGCGGGACUUCCGCCAGAUUCUCAAUUGGAUGCGCACUGUGUGGCUGCCCAUUGUUCCUGAGCUCACCGCCUCAAACGCACGGGAGAUCAUGGACGGCAAGUAUGUGGUCCUUGGCAUCCUGAGCCGGAAGCACUCGGACGAGUUCCUUCAAUCGAAGCGAGAGCUCAAGAAUGCCGCCCUUGAGUGGAUGGACAAGCAGACGCAGUUGUUCCAGUUGGAGCGUGCUGAGCUGCGUGACGCUAAGCAGCUGCGGAUCGAGGAAGCCGAAGACCGUAACGACCAGCGCGCCUUGCGGGCCGCCAAGAACAUGCGCAUUACCAUCCGCGAAGAUGACAAGAAGCAAGUCGGUUUCGCUUGGAUUGAUGGCGAUUUCUGGGAACGGUGGCUGAGAACCACAUACGGCAUCGACGUCGAGAACGGUGAACGCGUGGUUAUCAAUGACCAGGAUAACCGGCGCUACUGGGAUACGUCUUCCAGCGGAGCUUCUAUCAUGGCUUCCCGGACCUCCAUCCUUGAGACCAUCCCCUUGGUCAUCGCCAACCCACCGAAACUUACGCCCAAGUCCACAGUCGGUACCUUUGAGUCUGUCUUCUUCUUCACUCGGACUUUCAUCAGCGGUCACCCGAUCCUCUUCUUUAUCAUCCUGACGCUUUCGGUGGCUGGUGCUACAAUUGUAGCCCGGGGAAGGAGUCUCAGACGCGGGGCUCGUGGCGGAAUCCUCGGGGUUACUGGUAACACCGGUGGUGGUUUCUUCAACCUUGAUGGAAAGGAAGGUCUUCUGAACGGUGGAUCGACCGGCAAGGUUGAUUGAUCCCAUAAUAUGGGCAUUGUACAGUUACUUCUUUUAUACCUUUUUCCACGCCCUAAUUUCGUGUCUAUUUUGGACGUUUACUGGGUUGCUAUAUGUUUACCAGGAUCUCUAGGUUCUUCAUAUUGACGAUUCUACUCUUAUACUUUUGUCUGUUGUUUUGUCCCGAAUGGUGUUAGAAUAUGGCGCUACUGUUGUACACAAAUUCUUUUUAAAACUUUCCCUGUCUUCUAGUUGGCCAUACGCAAACGAAAAAGUGUG